CUUCUACCUCUUUUCCCUCUUUCUUUCUUUUUUUUCCUCUUACUGCACCCUUAUCGCCAUCAUCUCCCGCGGCAGCUCCGACAUCGGGCGACUGCUCGACGGCGGAACUUUAGUGUCGAUGGCGACGAUGGUUUCGAUGGCGGAUAUCGAAGCGAAGGCCAUGGGGCUCGGAAUCGAUCUUUCUAAAGUGGAUUUAGACGUCAUUAGGUUUCCUCCCGGCGAGGAUUUUGGUAUUAAGAGUGAUGAUGAAGACAUUCUUCAAGAAGAUAAUCUGGAAUUUGAAAGUGGGUUAGGAAAUAUAAUUGUUGUUGACAAUCUUCCGGUUGUUGCACCGGAGAAAUUCGAAAAGUUGGAGGGUGUUAUCCGAAAAAUUUACAGUCAGAUCUGUGUACUUAAAGAAGAUGCCAUUUGGAUGCCUCUUAAUCCUGAAACUCAGAAGACACUGGGUUACUGCUUCAUUGAGUUCAAUACUCUUCAGGAAGCUGAGCUUGCAAAGGAGAAGACUCAGGGUUAUAAGUUGGACAAGUCACACAUAUUUUCUGUAAAUUUAUUUGAUGACUUCGACAAGUUCAUGAAAGUACCAGAUGAAUGGGCUCCUCCAGAGACGAAGCCAUACACACCUGGGGAAAAUCUACAGAAGUGGCUAACUGAUGAAAAAGCACGUGAUCAAUUUGUUAUUCGUGCUGGUAAUGACACUGAGGUUUUAUGGAAUGAUCCUAGACAACUGAAGCCUGAGCUUGUCUAUCGCCGCACUUUUUGGACUGAGAGUUUUGUUCAAUGGUCCCCACUUGGCACUUACUUGGCCACAGUUCACAGGCAGGGAGCUGCUGUUUGGGGAGGUGCCACUACCUUCAACCGCCUAAUGCGUUAUGCCCAUCCACAGGUUAAACUCAUUGAUUUUUCUCCUGGGGAGAAAUAUUUGGUUACAUAUAGCAGCCACGAACCAAGCAAUCCCCGCGACACACAUAGGGUUGUAUUGAAUAUUUUUGAUGCGAGGACUGGAAAAAUUAUGAGAGAUUUCAAGGGAAGUGCAGAUGAGUUUGCAACUGGUGGAGCUGGGGGUGUUUCUGGAGUGUCAUGGCCUGUCUUCAGAUGGGGUGGUGGAAAAGAUGACAAAUAUUUUGCUAGAAUAGGUAAAAAUGUUGUAUCUGUCUAUGAAACUGAAACAUUCACCCUCAUUGACAAAAAGUCAUUGAAGGUUGAGAAUGUCUUAGACUUCAGCUGGUCACCUACCGAUCCUAUCCUUGCAUUAUUUGUUCCAGAGCUAGGUGGUGGGAACCAACCUGCCAGGGUUAGUCUUGUUCAAAUCCCUGGGAAAGAGGAGCUGAGGCAGAAGAAUCUCUUCAGUGUAAGUGACUGCAAAAUGUACUGGCAAAGCAAUGGCGAUUACCUUGCUGUUAAGGUUGAUAGAUACACGAAAACAAAGAAAAGCACAUAUACUGGCUUUGAGCUCUUCCGCAUAAAAGAACGAGACAUUCCCAUUGAAGUUUUGGAGCUUGAGAAUAAGAAUGACAAGAUUGUUGCUUUUGCUUGGGAGCCAAAAGGUCACCGAUUUGCAGUUAUCCAUGGAGAUAGCCCAAAGCCUGACAUAAGCUUCUACUCAAUGCGGACAUCUCACAACACAGGCCGGGUCUCGAAGCUCAUAACUCUGAAAGGCAAGCAGGCCAAUGCACUUUACUGGUCACCUUCUGGGCGCUUCAUUAUCCUUGCUGGGUUGAAGAGUUUUAAUGGACAAUUGGAAUUCUACAAUGUUGAUGAGCUUGAGACUAUGGCAACAGGCGAGCAUUUCAUGGCAACUGACAUUGAAUGGGAUCCUACUGGGAGAUAUGUUGCAACUUCUGUUACUUCAGUUCAUGAGAUGGAAAAUGGAUUUAAUAUCUGGUCCUUCAAUGGGAAGCUUCUAUACAGGAUACCGAGAGAUCAUUUCUGUCAGUUCUUGUGGCGUCCAAGGCCACCAUCUUUCUUGAGUGUGGAGAAAGAGGAAGAGAUUGCAAAGAACCUGAAGAAGUAUAGCAAAAAGUAUGAGGCAGAGGAUCAGGAUGUAUCAUUACUCUUGAGUGAGCAGGAUCGUGAGAAGAGGAGGAUGUUACAGGAGGAAUGGGACAGGUGGGUGAUGCAAUGGAAGCAGUAUCAUGAAGAAGAGAAGGCCUACAGGCAAAUGUUGAGGGAUGGGGAAGCAAGUGAUGCAGAAGAGGAAUACGAGGCCAAAGAAGUGGAGGUCGAGGAAGUAUUGGAAGUCACAGAGGAAGUUGUUUCUUACGAAUUUGAACAAAGUGAGGGUUAAAAAAGUGAUCAGAAGUUGUAUCAGUUUGAUUUCUUAGCCUGAAUUUCAAUACAAGCAACCUGAGGGUUUUGACUGAGACUUUUAGGCCAUAUUGGUUAGAUUUUUUUAUCUGAAUUGUAGUCACUCUGAAAGAAGCCCCAAUUUUCUUUCUCAGGAACUAAGAGCUGGGUAAUUUGAUGUUUUGUCCAUGUUCAUUUAUGUUGUUUAAGUUAAGAGCACAUUUCUCAAAGUUCUCACAA